UAUCAAUUUGCAAACUUAAAAAAACGACGUCGAAAAGAAUUUCUUUUGUCGGUUGACUUAUUAAAUUUUCCCAUUUUAAACGAUGUGAAAUAUUGCAUCUAUUAGCGUCACACUUAAAUUUUUUCUUAGUUUUAAAACAUAACCGGAUAAGUCACAGGAUAACGUUAUAAGUUAAGUUGAAGACACAAGACAUCAGAAUGGAAGAUGAAAAUGAAUUUAAAAAGUUACCAACAGAAGAAAAAUGUGUGCAUAAGCUAUGGAAAGCUCGUGUGGCUGGUUACGAAGAAGCCAUCAAGUUAUUUAAUCAAAUUGACGAUGAGAAGUCACCGGAAUGGAAUAAAUACCUGGGGCUUGUCAAAAAGUUUGUAAUUGACAGUAAUGCUGUAGCGCAAGAGAAGGGUCUUGAAGCAGCGUUGGUAUUUGUGGAAAAUUGUGGACAUGCAGGAAAGACAACAGGGGAAGUUAUGUCAGGCAUUGUGGCCAAGUGCAUUGCAGCUCCUAAAACAAAGACUAAAGAUCUUGCCCUACAGAUCACAUUAAUGUACAUAGAAAUAGAGAAACAUGAGAUUGUUGAGGAAGAAUUAUUAAAAGGCAUGGAACAGAAGAAUCCUAAAGUUGUGGCAGCAUGCAUAGCAGCUCUGAACACAGCAUUGAAACAGUUUGGAAACAAAGUAAUUGCCAUCAAGCCUAUGGUUAAAAAAAUACCGAUAUUGCUAGCUGACAGAGACAAAACUGUGCGUGAUGAAAUGAAAGCGCUGGUGAUUGAAAUGCACAGAUGGAUUGGUGGAGCAAUAGAGCCGCACAUAGCAUCAUUGCAAGCAGUAGUACAACAGGAAUUGCGAGAGUCAUUCGCAGGAACUGGUGGUGGAGCCCAGCCUACUCGAUAUUUGAGAUCUCAGCAGAACAGGGUCCGAGAUACUCCAACUGCGGACACAACAGAUGGUGCCGCGGAAGAUGAUGACGCUGAAAUAGGUAACGGUGAUUCUGGCGAAAUGGACCCUUACGAUCUAUUAGAUCCUGUGGAAAUACUAUCAAAAUUACCAAAAGACUUUUACGACAAACUCGAAAACAAGAAAUGGCAGGAAAGAAAAGAAGCCCUUGAUGUUCUGGAAAAUCUUUUAAAGAAUGCCCCCAAGUUGGAACCGGGUGAUUAUGCCGAUCUAGUCAGAGCUUUAAAAAAGGUGAUAUCAAAAGACACGAACGUAAUGCUAGUAGCGCUAGGCACUCGACUAAUGGGUAUGGUAGCCACUGGUCUCCGCUCCAAGUUCCAGCCGUACGCCGUGUCCUGCAUACAGGCGUGCUUGGAGAAGUUUAAAGAGAAGAAACCGAAUGUUGUCACUGCUUUGAGGGAGUGCAUCGACGCUAUAUAUCCGUCGACGAACUUAGAAGCGAUAAUGGAAGAUAUGUUAGCAGCGUUCGACAAUAAAAACCCGUCUAUAAAGGCAGAGAGCGCUACGUUCCUAGCUCGCUCGCUUUGCGUCACACAGCCCGCGGCGUUCAACAAGAAACUCAUCAAGGCAUACGUGGCGAGCUUGCUCAAGCUGCUUGAGAGUGCGGAUCCAAUAGUCCGAGAUGCAGCAUCGGAGGCGUUGGGCACGGCAACCAAACUGGUCGGUGAGAAGAACAUAGCGCCGCAUAUUGGUAAAUUGGAUAACCUGAAGGAGCAGAAGAUUAAGGAGUUCGCUGAUAAGGCUGAAAUCAAAGUUAAAAUAUCAGCUCCAAAGAAGGACGUGAAACCAAAAGCGGCGCCAACUGGUAAAGGAGAUGCAAAGCCCAGUGCUGGUUCUGCACAACCUAAACCAGUGAAGAGACCACCGUCUGCCAAGAAACCAGCGGCAACAAAGAAAGCAGUGAGCAAAGUGCAACAAAGCCCACCGAGGGAGCAAGAGCUUUCGCCGGAGGAGGUGGACGCUAGAGCUGAGGUUUUAUUCCCGCCUGAUGUAAUAAGCGGUCUAGUCGAUGGCAAUUGGAAAAAUCGCCUAGCAGCCGUUCAAUCUUUCCACUCCACUAUCCAAGGUUUAACAACGGAAGAUACAAGUGCCCAGGUGUUGUACCGAGUGCUGAAUAAGAAGCCAGGGCUGAAGGACACUAAUGUGCAGGUCUUGAAGGCUAGACUAGAAGCCUGCAAAUACAUUACGGAGAAUUUCCCUGUGUCCACGAUAGCAGCCGACUUUGUGCUCCAUGAUGUUGUGAACAAGCUCGGUGAAGCAUCAUGCUCUUCAAUAUCAUCAGACUGCUUAACCUCAUUAGCCGAGGGUUGUGGGCUCGAACACGUGAUCAACGAGGGUCUGGGCUUCGCCAUGGACUCGCAGAAGAACCCUAAAGUGCAGUCGGAAAUGUUUAACUGGAUGACCAACUCAAUUAAGGAGUUUGGUUUUUCAAUGAACGUCAAAUCAAUAAUAGCGCACAGCAAGAAAGCUUUAUCCGCCACGAAUCCAAAUGUACGAACGUCCACUGUGAACUUCCUCGGUGUGCUGUCUCUAUAUGUGGGCCCAUCACUACUCAACCACUUUGACAGCGAGAAACCGGCCACCAAGCAGCUGAUCAGCUUGGAAAUGGACAAAUACGCUAAUAGUACACCGCCCACACCCACACGACAAUUGGGACGUGUUAGUAAGUCCGCGAGCAAAGGCUCGGUGGGUGACGAGCUCGAGGAUGUGUACGAGGACGCGGCUGAUGAUGAGCCUGCGGUGGCGGAGGACACGCGCCCGCGCACUGACAUCGCGCCGCUCAUCACCGACACGCUGGUCGGCGAGAUGAACGAUAAGAACUGGAAGGUUCGAAACGAAGCACUAGACAAAUUGAAAGCUAUAAUCGUCAACUCCGCGCCCAUCAAACCGACACUCGGUGAACUGCCAGCUGCGCUUGCGGCUAGACUUCUAGACUCCAACUCAAAGUUAGCGCAAAGUGCCCUCCAGAUUUGCGAAGUGAUCGCAACAUCUAUGGGACCUAAGUGCAAACAGCAUGUACGGACUUUCUUCCCGGGAUUCUUUCAAGCGUUCGGCGACAGCAAGCAGUGGAUCCGCGCGGCGGCGGUGGCGUGCGUGGAGGCGUGGUGCCGCGAGGCGGGCGCGGCGGCGGCGCUCGACGGCGAGAUGGUGCACGACGCGCUGCGCAGCGGCUCGCCCGUGCUGCGCGCCGCGCUCUUCGCCUGGCUCGCGGAGAAACUGCCAAAUAUACCACCGCGUUCGUUCCCGCGCGAAGAGCUCACGGUGUGCGUGGCGCUGCUGUACGCGGGUGUGGAGGACCGGUCGGCCGACGUGAGGAAGGCGGCCGCUGACUGCGUGCUGCCGUUCAUGCUACACCUCGGGUACGAGCCUAUGCACAAACAGCUGGAUAAACUUAAGCCAGGAUCUAAAUCUGUAGUACUAGCAGUGUUAGACAAAGCUCGUCCCAAUCUACCGGUGCAGCCGUUACCCGCCAAGAGUAAAGGAAAGGAAGAACCGAGGGGAGUUAAAUCUGCGGGAGCUAUGAAAAAGGAAGCUGAGAAGAAGGGAGUGGCUGUUAAAGCAAAAGGCCCAGCUAAACCAGCAUCAGCAAGUAGUCGCGGUAAAAAAGAAGAUGAAGAUUGCACGCCACUUCUGCCCAAUAACAAUGCCAAGAACCAACGAAUUGUUGAUGAUCAAAAGCUAAAAGUUUUAAAAUGGAAUUUCACCACACCACGAGAGGAGUUCUUUGACCUGCUGAAAGAUCAGAUGAAUAGCGCUGGAAUGAAUAAACAACUGAUCGCUAAUAUGUUCCACACUGAUUUUAGGUAUCACUUGAAAGCCAUAGAAGCGCUAUCUGAAGAUUUACACGAAAAUGGUCCAGCACUAAUAGCUAACCUGGAUCUAGUGCUCAAAUGGCUCACAUUACGGUUUUUCGACACGAAUCCAUCGGUCAUACUAAAGGGCUUGGAGUAUUUGAGCCAAGUGUUCCAGUAUUUGAUAGAUAGCGAUUACACAAUGGCCGAGUAUGAGGCUAAUUGCUUCAUACCUUAUCUUGUGUUGAAGGUGGGUGAUCCUAAAGACACAGUGAGAAAUGGCGUAAAGGCUCUGUUUAGACAGAUCUGCGUGGUCUACUCUGUCACAAAACUAUUUGGUUAUUUGAUGGAGGGAUUGAAGUCAAAGAACGCUAGGCAAAGAGCUGAGUGUCUCGAAUGCAUCAACCACCUGCUGGAGACGUACGGCUCGACGGUGAUGUCGGGCGGCGGCGGGGGCGGCGGGGGCGGGGGCGGCGCGGCGCUGCGCGACGUGGCGCGGCUCAUCGGCGACCGGGACAACGCGGUGCGCUCCGCCGCGCUCAACUGCGUCGCCAGCGCCUACUUCCUCGACGGCGAGAAGGUCUACAAGAGCAUCGGCCAGAUAUCAGACAAAGAUCUAUCCCUACUAGAAGAGCGUAUAAAGCGCGCGGGCAAAACGCGCAGCGCGGAAGCGAGACGCUCUAUGGUCGUCCCACUCUCGGCGUCCGGAAGGCCGAUUUUACAACAACAACACCAACAGUUACCUGAGGAGCACGAGCGCGUGAUCACGGUGGAGACGACGCCGGGCGCGGAGUAUGAGGAGGAGGAGCCGGAUGAACCGCCGCCGCCGCCGGUGCAGCACACGCAUGUAUCGGCGCGCAGGGUGGAGGAGGUGCGCGCGGUGUCGGGCCCGUUCGGGCUGGACUCCGAGCUGAUCGCGCGGCUGGACGCGGCCGUGCCGGUGGUGCGCCGCCCCGAGCUGCCCGACCUCGACCUCAAGUUCCUCGACGAGCCCGUGCGCGCGCUCUCCGCGCCGCACCGCCCCAGUUCUAUAGUGGCCCUGUCCCCGCCCCGCGCGGCGGCGCCGCACCCGCUGGUGUCGGCGCAACCGCUGCCCGCCGCCGUGGACGACUCGCAGCUGGCCGAUACCAUACACUCUAUAGCCAGUCCGGAUUUGAAUGCGGCGAUCCGCGCGCUGUCUCUAAUAUCGGGCGCGCUGGUGUCGGGGCGCGGCGCGGCGCUGGCGGCGCACGAGGCGCGCCUGGUGGCGGCCGUGGCGGCGCAGCUGCGGCGCCUGCGCACCGCGCCGCCCGACGCCAGCGCGCUGCCCGCCUACAAGUACCUCGCCGGCGCGCUCACCACGUUCUACGAGACGGCGGGGUGCGGCGGGGCGGUGGGCGAGGCGGCGCUGCGCGCGCUGGUGGGCGAGCUGCUGCUGCUGCUGGGCGCCGCGCCCGCGCGCCCCGCGCCGCCCGACGCCGAGCGGCUCGUGCGCAUACUGAACAACGUGUGCGUGCGCGUGCUCGAGCACUCGCCCCGCACGCCGUUGCUAUGCGCAAUUGUUUCCCUACUACACGACUCUAUAGUUGAAUCCGAUCCAGCGUACCCCAGAUAUCAAGAUUUACUGCUCAAAUGUUUCUGGAAGACUCUGAAAAUGAUAUCCUCGUGGGAGGUCAAUUCUAUAGACUACGACGCAGUAUUGUAUAAGAUUCAUUUGUUCUAUAAGGCGUACCCGAAUAGCUAUUGGAAAAAGAACCCGGAGAUUAGUGAUACUCCAUACAGGACAGUGAAGACUUUAGUGCAUACACUGGUGAAGAUGAAGGGAGCGUCGAUCACCAACCAUCUUACACAAAUACCAGAUGUCAAUGAGUCGGACCUGUAUCCGUAUUUGCACAAAGUGUUAAAGCAACUGAAACUAGACGAGAAGAAAGAAGCGCCACCGGACAACAUGAACGGCAGUCUGCAGAGCUUGGGCAUGGGGGUCACGAACACCGCGCUGACUUCGGGUCGCUUGCCGCGGGCGUUGCAUGAGGAGCUAGCGCUGAUACUCAAGAGGAUUGGUUCUAAGGAGCACAACAGGGAGGCGCUUGCGCAGUUGUACGAUUUGAGGGAGCGUCACCCGGAAGUGGACAUCUGGACGUUUAUGGCUGGCUCGUCGUUCUACUUCCGCAACUACGUGGAGUGCGGCCUGCGCGAGGUCGCCGAGCAGCGCAAGAUGCGGGCGCACCCUGUAUACAAGCCGGAGAUCAAGGCGGAACAAAUUGACGUUAGUAACGAAAACGAUGAGAAAUCACACGUCGACUUUUUAGAGAGAUUGCGAGCUUUGCAGAUUAAAGCUGGUCUCAAGAUGGAUUCAAAUCCAUCAUCACAACCCAGAACACCCGUAAACGACAAUCGAGCGCUUACAGAUUCCAUCAAUGAUAACACCUUGCCAAGGACUCAUAGUAUCGAUCCACAGCUAGAGCUACACUCAACCCAGUCGGUGUCACAAAAGAACGAAGCGGCGGUGGACGCGCUCCGACUCAAACUGCAACAAAUCAAGAGCUCCUCCAAGAGAUAGGCUCUCAUCCUUAUCACAUGGCAUUAUUCGUAUACUUGUACGUGCGGACUAUGUUUAUUUAAUAUUCUCAAAUAGACUGCGAUAUAGCAAGUGGUUGCGUCGAUUCUUCACAUUUUGUUUCGUCCAAACAAUUAUUUUAGUCAACUCAACUUUUAUGGAAUUAUUACCCAUCCGUAAAGUAAAGGUUAUCACAAAUCAUUGGACAAGUUUUGUGGCUAUAAUAGGUCAAUAAUUAGAACGGAGUCGACGCUACGUGUAGACUCAGUAUUACUGUCAAAGUCUAUUUGUCUAUUAACGUACGCACGAUUCUAUUGAGCUAUCUUUGCACGAAUUUUAUCAUUCCCGUCAUAACAUUGUAUAACACACAAUUAAUUAUUAAUUUGCGUAAUUAAAACUUUGUUUAUAACAAUAUAAAAUUUAUAAUUUUUCGAAAAUGUAUUAAAGAAGCGUGUUAUUCGUUUUUUUUAACUAAGGUUUUCAUAACGCAAAAGGGGACUGCUAAGGUUGCUUCUAUUACAGUAAGGUUUGGAACCAUUACUCUUGCAUUAUUCCAAGCUUUUUAGUUCCUAAUGCUAUAAUAUGGCGUCCAUUAACCCCUUAGUAUAACAUGACAAUAUAAAAUGUCCUUGCAGGGUAAGUGGGGUUGCGAAUUCGAUAUAAUUGGCACAUUUCUUGCCUUCUACUGUGGCAAUCGUGUUAGUUUGAGGAAUUUCCGCAAUGUGUUGUUUUUUUCGUGACUCCAUCAUUUUUGAAUAUGUUUUUGAAUACAAUAUCGUUACGUAUAGUUUUCUAUAAAGCUCUCGCAUAAGUUUAUAUAUUUGUUUGUCGUUAAUCUGGUUAAAAUAAAAAAUUAAAAUAACAAGGUUAUUUCGUGAAGCAUAUUUAAAAAGUGGAGCCAUUUUCACUCGGUUUUUGCACGUGUGUCUCAAUCCCGAACUUUGCCCCAUGUUUGAUAUUAUGUAUGUUUCGAUGUAGGUAAUGUGUAAUUGAAAUUAGCUGAAGUCGUAUAAACAUUGAAAUGUGAAAAAAAAAAAUCAUGUACCAUUACCAUGUAGAGAAUAAAACGUUAAUUAUAAAUGAUAAUCCAUGUAGAAAUGUAGUGUGAAUUGUCUUAUUUUUGUAUAAUGUCAAUGUAGUCUUCAAUAUAUUGAAAACUACGAUUGAUACGUUGUAUUUUAUGUUUAAUUUUAGUUAUUUUUCUCAAAAGUUACUGUCAAACUGAUUAUAGGACAAUGUAUUUGUGAUGUAGAUUUUAAGAGCGGCUGUAUGGACAAAAUUAUUGAUUAAAGCUAAUCAAGUAAUAUGAAAAAAGAAAUUUGCAAUUAAAUUUCAAGUCAUCUAUUGCAAUGUGAUGAAGGAAUAAAAAUUACAGUAUUUGAAGUGCCUAUUGUAUUUGCAUGUUACUUUCACAGAGACAAUAUGUCCAUACAAGUGUUAUCCAUGACUUCAAUCAGCUUGAUAGUAACUCACUUUGCAUCCUAUGUUUGGACUGUCGAACGAUUAUAAGACUGGCAUCGAGGCAUCAUUACGAGGAAUACUCAUAUGUUCUUGUUUUUAAGUAGCAAUCAUCCAGUAGGUUUGUUAGUAAACUUUGUAGCUGCGAUGAGGCAUUAUCCAUUUCGUUUUAACCCAUCCAUCGCUCAUUAACCAAGCAAAACAUUCCUACAUUGGCUUAAUACACACUCAAUAUGAAAGCGACAGUGCAAUUAAUUGUUUUUAGUAUUAGCAUUCACCUACCACUGUGUUUCCAUGUUUAUGUUGGCAGUUAUGACAUACAAAUAUGGUUUUUAAGAUUUUAUAUAUAUAGUAUUAAAAUAUGGAUUAUUUAAUAUUUCGAUAUGACAUGUUCUUGUUUGUCAGAAAAGUUAACGAGUGUUUGAAAUUAUUAAUCUUUGACUGAUUUUUCACUAUUUUAAUUUCGAUAAUGUUAGUGUUGUAUUUGAUUUUGAAAUAUUUUACCGUUCUUUAUGUUAACAAUUAAAAUUUUCGCAUUGUGUAUCGUUUAUAUCUCCUUAAGGCCUAAUGUUAUUAAUGAAAAAGCUUUCCAAUUUCCAUUUCAUCCAUAUAUUUUAGGCAAGUCUAAAAAAAACAAUAACAAACCGCAGUUAUAAUUGUAUUAGACAUAGCCCAGAAUAGAAAGUAAUGGUUUCAAUAGAAAAUCAACAAUUAGACAAGAGGACAAAUAAGAUGUUAAAAUAAAUUCAGAGCCUUAUAUUUGUAAAAUAUUAGCACGUGUUUAUUUUUAAUAACAUAUUUUGCAUUGCUGUUGUCGUAAGUAAGCGCUUUUUUACGAACCUACUAAAUAAUUGUGAGCAUUUAUUUAUUUUAUGUAAAUUAAUAAAUCAUGAUGUAAUAUUAAUAAAGUUCAUACAACACUU